GCAUUUAUUUCGCACUUUCUCCCUUUCUCUGACUCUCUCAUAUGCAAUUCUCUCUCUAUUUUCCUAACGUUCUCUUUCAUAUUCUAUUUAGUUUUCGAUUGUGUCUACCAAUUUUACUUUUAAUCGACGAUUGGUUAACAAGUUGAAGUAAUUUUGUAUCCAAUUUUAUCUAGCAGUGUCUUUUGUUCAAGUUUACGUCUCAACCAAUUUCUUCCACCCAUUCUUUGAGAAACCAUUUCUCGCUUCAUCACAACCCCACUCACUUUUUUCAUGUUUUUAAAUCAUUCUCUUCUAAUUGUCAUAUUAAAGGAUUAACCAUGAGCCAAACAAUCGAGGAUUUUUACAACGAUCAAUCUGUUUUAGUGACCGGUGCCACUGGAUUCCUUGGAAAAGUGUUAAUUGAAAAGUUACUGAGGGAAUGUCCAUCCAUAAGAACAAUCUAUGUCCUGUUGAGACCCAGAGGAGGACAGGAUUCACAAUCUCGUUUACGUGAGCUUCUCGAUUCAGAGAUUUUUGCCACCAUUAGGAGUAAAAAUAUUUCAUCACUAAACAAAGUAAAGUCAGUUUCUGGUGACAUAACUUCGGACCUGAAUCUAAUUCGUAAUCCAAGUGAGGAAAGAGAAGUGAUAGAAAAUGUUUCCAUUGUGAUACACUCAGCUGCUACCAUUAGAUUUGAUGAACCAUUAAGACGAGCCAUUAACAUCAAUGUAGAUGGAACCAAUCGUGUUUUACAGUUGUGCCAUAAACUCAAAAAUCUUAAGGCUUUGGUUCAUGUAUCAACAGCAUACUGUAACGUUGUUAAACAAGGAAUCCAAGAGAAAGUCUAUUUAGAACCUGUUGCUGUUCAAAAAGUGAUUGAAAUUUCCAAAUGGAUGAAUGAUGACACAUUAGAGAUGAUCGCCGAUCAACUUUACAAUGGUCGACCUAGCAGUUAUCAUUAUACCAAGGCUUUAGCUGAGAACUUAUUGUAUCAAGAAGGAAACAAUAUGUCUAUUGCCAUAGUUAGACCUUCCAUUAUUACUGCUUCAUGGAAGGAUCCUACUCCUGGUUGGAUUGAUAAUUACAAUGGUCCAUCAGGAUUCCUUGUAUCUUCUGGUAAAGGGGUACUCCGGACGAUGCAUGUACAUGGUGAUAAAAUUUGUGAUAUGAUACCAGUGGAUAUUGUUGCCAACACUUUAAUUACUUCGGCCUGGUUUGUGGCAAAUAAAGCUGAAAAGGGAACCACUGUGAUCAAUUGUACAUCAGGAUCAUUAAACCCGAUCAAUUGGGAUACAUUUCAAAACAUUUCACAUGGAUUAUUGAUUAAGCAUCCAAGCAUACAACUUUUCCGAUAUCCUGGUGCUUCAUUCCAUUCUAAUAGGAUUGUCCAUGAAUUUUUCCUUCUUCUUGAGCAUUACAUUCCCGCCUUCGUUGUAGACCUUUUAUUCAAAUUGACCGGACACAAGCCAAUUUUAAAUCAAGUUUACCAAAAAGUGCAUCGAGCCAUGAAUGCAUUGGAAUACUUUACCACAAACGAAUGGACAUUUAAGAAUGAAAAUUUCAAACAAUUAAUGCAAUCACUGAAUCAGAAGGAUUUUGAAAAAUUUUCUAUUGACGUUCAGUCCAUUAAUUGGUGUGACUAUAUUGAAAAUUAUGUUCUUGGAGUAAGGAAAUACCUUCUUAAAGAGGAACCGCGAACGUUACCUAAGGCAAGAGCAAACCUCAAAAGGCUUUACCUGAUCACUCAAAUGCUCAAACUUGGAUUACUGGUUACCGUGACUUAUCAAUCACUCAACAAAAAAUCAUCUCUCCAUCGUAGUCUUGAGAUUGUCCGCAAGUUAAGCCUCAAAUGGACUCCAGGAUCAGUUUGAUUAAUUUGAAUAGAGGGAAACCAUUUAAAGAUGUUUACGGUUAAAUGUCAAGUUAUCAAACAAAAAGUGAAAACUAAAUCAAUGCCAAUCAAUUCGUUCUUUUGACGGAAUCCAUUCAAUUUACGCCAAGCUUCAUUACCAUCAAAUCGUCAAUUGUAUUUUAAAAGUCAUUUAUUUUAUUAAAUCAUUUAUUUCAACAUUUUUACAUCAUCACAACACGCAAACAGUGAGAGAAGCAAAAAAAACCUUUUCUUGGUUGUUCCAAUCAAAGAGUGGUUUUAAUUAAAACACUGGUAAAGACAGGAGUGACGAGUCUCAAUUUUCCUGCUAUUUUCUUGAAUCAUCAUGUAAUUACCAGGCCAUAAGCAAAGUCCUUGGAAAAGACGCACAAUUAACAAGCAAAUCAUAUAAUUUCCAAGACGAACAAAAGAAAACUAAAGAAUCGAAUCCAUAUUCACCAAAAUUUAGCCCGAUAAUUAUCGCAAUGCCUUCAGGGAUUCAAUUUUUCGCAAUGUUUUACAACUAUUUAGAUCUAAUAUUUAAAUUUCCCUACAAUUUACGGCAAUGGGAAUUUUAACAGCAACCAUUGUCCUUCAUUCAUUACCUCAACUCUAAUUUUGAAUUUUAUUUUAUUUUAACACUUUUCUUCAAUCUUCCAUUUCUUCAUUGUUUCCUCUGUUCAUCAUCAUUCUCAUGCUUUUCCCAUCUUCAUCCUGAAUCUUUUCUUAAAUCUUUUAAAAAUGUUAUUCCAUCUUCUGUCUUACCUCUCCUGAAAGUCAAAUUAAAUUGUUAAAAACCUAACAAAUUAGGUUUUGAUAACGUUUCAAGAAUGUUUGGUAUUUACCAUUUCAUUAAUCUAAAGCUUGUCAUGUUAACUCAUUUAAUCCAUGAUUUAUGUUAUUAAGUUAUUUUGCAUUGCAAUCCAAAUUGUUUCCUAAAGCCUUUAAUCAUUUAUAAUAACUAAUUGUAUUGUCAUUGUUUCGCUUGUUUAAUCUUGUUUCUUAAUCAAGUUACAAUGAAAGUUAAUCCAUAUUGUGAGAUUUGUCGGUUUGUUUAUUCAACCAUUUUUUGAUGACAAAAAAACACCAACAAUAACAACACUUGAAACAAUUUAUAUACAAAAGAUUAAAAGGCUUAAUUGUAAAAUAGUAAUCACUUGAUUAACUCACCAACCUUCAAGGUUAGAUUACCUUGUAACACCAUUAAAUCUUUAUUGAACUUUUACAAGGCAAUCAAGUUAACUUUAAACAAAUAAAAUUAAGUCAACAAUAA